AUGUCGGCGCCGGUGAACGGCUACUUCGGCCCGGGUCAAGCACCAACGCCGAACGGUGGAGCUGCUCCCCCCCGUUUUAAAGGUCCAGUUCAGACAUAUACCUCCGGAUAUCCUGCAAUAGGUUAUUAUGAAACCCAACCUCGGCUACAAAACUACUCCACCACCCCAUCACACAAAGCCCCUGUCAUGAACAGUGCCCACCAUGUGAAUAACUACUAUCAGAAUCACUGUCAAGUAGCACCCUUAGGCUCAGCACCACCUCCCCAGCAACGCACUCCUGCCGCACCUUCCACAGCACCACUUCCAAGCACCCCUUAUGCCCAAUUUCAGCAACAGCAACAUCCGCCCACUGCCACUGCGGGAGCGUUUUAUGGACAGACUUUAUACCAUCCUCCCGCUGCUCAAUGCCAGCAGCAGCAGCCCACUUUGCUGCCUGCACCACCUAGCGGUCCGGAGACCCCUCUGUAUCCUAUCGUUUCCUACCCGUCUGCGGCAGGUACGAGCCAGUACGGCACGCUCGUGUCCAGCCAGACUGCUGCCGCGCUUAGAGCGACACAGUACAGCAAUCAGCCAAGCGCUAUGACACCAACAGCAGUAGCAGCCGUGCAUCCCGGGUACAGCAUGGCCGAGCCCAGUCCGAUGGCGCCAGCUGUUAAUGGCCAAGAAAGCUCAGUGGAAAACCAAACCCACAAUCACUACAACCAUCCAGCCUGUCCUCCAUAUAACUCCUAUGGCAGCGGCGGUGUGAACGGAGAGCGAGUGCACUCAGGAACUCCCGCGACCUCCGUGCAUUCCUCACCGGGCCAUCAUCAAGGCAAACAGUACGGCUACAUUACCAAUAGCUCUGCUUCCGGUCCAAACGCAGAACCCUCGUCGUCAAGCUCGGAGGAGGAGGACGAUGACGACGAUGAGGAUGAAGAAGCAGGCGGUGACACAUCAUCUUCCACUACUGGCAGUGCGUCACCAUUGCCCAACAGUUAUGAUUCCCUUGAAGGAGGUCAUUUUCCAGAAACAAUGCCACCUCCUGCCAAUCUGACUAGUCCAGCGCCACCCUACGGUUACCCCGUCACGCCACGCCAAACCUUACUCACAGACCCGCUGGUUUCUCAGGACGCGCUUGGACCGACGAGCUACCAGCAGUACUCCCAACCAUUCCCUAGCCUUUCCCAGCUCUCGGCCGCGCUGGGAGGGUUGAGCGGUGUCCCGGAGCUGGAGGUGGAAGCUCUCAGGCCUCUCAACCUGCUGCAGGAGAGGAACCUGCUCCCCCCGAGACCCCUGGAAGCCCCUGAACCCAACCUUAGUCAGGAACUGAGGAAGGUUAACUGCAGCCCACAGACAUUCCGGUGUACCCUGACCAGCAUCCCUCAAACGCAGGUGCUACUUAACAGGGCCAGACUGCCUCUUGGCCUUCUUCUUCACCCUUUCAGAGAUCUACAGCAAUUGCCAGUCAUCACGUCCAACACUAUUGUCCGCUGUCGCCACUGCCGCACCUACAUUAACCCAUUUGUUACCUUCCUGGACCAACGGCGCUGGAAAUGUAACCUCUGCUAUCGGGUCAACGAUGUACCAGAUGAGUUCAUGUACAACCCAGUAACGAGGUCGUACGGCGAACCCCACAAGAGGCCAGAGGUCCAAAAUGCCACUGUAGAAUUUAUCGCGUCCUCCGAUUACAUGUUGCGGCCCCCUCAGCCUGCCGUCUACCUAUUCGUAUUGGACGUUUCCCACAAUGCCGUGGAAAGCGGGUACCUGAAAUAUUUCUGCCAGUUGCUCUUGGAGAACUUGGAUAAGUUGCCUGGAGACUCUCGCACCAAGGUGGGAUUUCUCACUUUCGACAGCAACGUGCACUUUUACAAUCUCCAGGAGGGACUUUCGCGCCCACAAAUGCUGGUGGUGACGGAUAUUGACGAUGUCUUCAUACCAUCUCACGAUAGUCUAAUGGUGAACUGGAAGGAGAGUAAAGAGCUGAUCAAGGACCUACUGACUUCGCUCCCUGCCACGUUCAACCAGAGCAGGGAGACGCACAGCGCUUUGGGGCCCGCCCUGCAGGCUGCCUUUAAGCUCAUGUCGCCCACUGGAGGGCGCGUCAGCGUGUUUCAGAGUCAGCGGCCCACGCUGGGUGCCGGUUUGCUGCACUCCAGGGAGGAUCCCAGUCAGCGCUCCAGUGCCAAGGGAGUGCAGCAUCUAGGACCUGCAACAGACUUCUACAAAAAAUUUGCACUGGAUUGCUCAGGACAACAGAUUGGUGUGGAUCUUUUUCUUCUCAGCUCUCAGUAUGCUGACCUCGCAUCACUAGCGUGUAUCUCCAAGUACUCCGCUGGCAGCAUCUUCUACUACCCCUCCUUUCAUCACAUCCACAACCCGACCCAGCUGGAAAAAUUCCAGAAGGAUCUUGAACGCUACCUCAGCAGGAAGCUGGGCUUCGAGGCGGUCAUGAGAAUACGAUGCACUAAAGGUUUAUCCAUUCACACUUUCCACGGUAACUUCUUUGUGCGCUCCACUGACCUGCUGUCCCUCGCUAACGUCAACCCGGACUCUGCAUUCGCCGUACAGAUGUCCAUCGACGACUCGCUAGUCGACUCUUCUCUGGCAUGCUUUCAGGCAGCUCUGCUCUACACGUCCAGUAAAGGGAAGAGGCGUAUCCGUGUCCACACUCUUUGUCUGCCUGUGGUCAACCAGCUGAGCGACGUGUACGCCGGUGCUGACGUUCAGGCUAUUACUUGCUUGCUGGCCAACAUGGCCAUCGACCGCUCCAUUUCAUCCAGCCUAUCUGAUGCGAGGGACGCCUUGAUAAAUGCGGCUGUGGACUUUGUGAGCGCUUACAAGAGAAGCGUGUCCAACCUGCAGCAGUCUGGUCUCGUGGUUCCUGCUUCCAUGCGCCUUUUUCUCCUUUACAUCCUCGCUCUACUCAAACAGAAAGCAUUUUGCACAGGAACGGAUAUCCGACUGGACGAGCGUGUUUUCGCCAUGUGUGAGUUCAAAACGCAGCCGCUGCAGCAGCUAAUGCGUAUGGCUCACCCUGAUCUCUACCGCCUGGAUAACAUGUCGGACCAAGGGGCGCUCCACCUCAACGACACACUGGUACCGCAGCCUCCGCUCCUCCACCUGUCUGCAGAGAGGUUGAGUCUAAACGGCGCGUUCCUUAUGGAUUGCGGCAAUGUGUUUUAUCUUUGGAUUGGCAAACGCUGCGAUGAGAUGUUCAUCAGAGAUGUUCUGGACUACCCCAACUUUGCUUCUAUCCCCCCUAACAUGAGUUGCAUUCCUGAGCUGCAGACGCUGCUGUCGGAGAGGGUGCGAGCGUUCCUCGACUGGCUGCAGGACAACAGAGCUUUCCGCUCCAUCAUGCACGUCAUCAAGGACGACGCCUCGAGUAACGUGGCUUUCUUCCAGCACUUGGUGGAAGAUCAUUCAGAGUCGGGGUCCUCCUACAAUGAGUUUUUGCGGCACAUCCAGCAGCAGGUAUCCUAG